AGUGCUCUAACCACUGAGCUAUGGAGCCCGUCGUGUUCGCUAUGGAGUACGGUGUAAUUUUGAAAUGAUAACUCUGACCAUAAAAGGGACGUACUGACGUAGUUACUGCACCACAGCGCUUAAAAGCUUGCCUCUGACCGACUUUACUUCAGACUUUUCGAACUGCCGGGUGUGGAUUUGCGAUACGUUCCUCCAGAAUGGCAGUUUUUCAGCUCCUACUCGGCUACUCGGCUCAAAUACUAAUGUUUCUGCUCGGUCUGGCUUUCUUCGCGUUUCUCGGUUACUGCUUGUAUAUUAAACACUUGCAUGACAAAUAUGACCACAUACCCGGACCACCAAGAGACAAGUAAGAUAUAUAUUUUUUUCUUUUGAAAGAGGGUUAACGAGGUUAGCUUACGUUUUCUGAAACUCGGGAUUUAGCUAGCGUUGACCUGUCACUUCUGGUUUCUUCACAGUUUCUUACUGGGACACACUCCGUCGUUUCUGAAAGUGAUGAAAGAUGGCGGAAAUGUUCACGACAAAUUUCUGGAAUGGUGAGUAAAAGCGACAUUUUCACUUAUAUGUAUAAGAAGUAGACCAACUAUUGCUGCAAACACUGUUGAAAUACACUACUGGAAAAGUUGUUAAAAUUUUGCUCUCCUCAUGUUUGCUAAAGUGAAAAAGUGGACAAAAUAAAUGGGACACCACCACCUAUCAUGUCUCUUAUAAUAAGUGUUUUGUUUAUUAAUCACCUGUUUGACAAAAGUCUCCUGAAAAUCUCAGAUAAAGCUGCCCAGGUGUUCAUAAAGUCAUGGCUGGUGGGUGUGAGUCCAGUAAAUACAGCCUUUACUGCUGCAUGUUCAAACCUGUUUAGUCCACAAACCUUUGUUUAACUAACUUUGAUAUAUCUUCUAUGUCUUUAGGCAGGUGUUUGCAUUCUGACUUAUUAAGUUGACAUGUAGUGUGAAGCUUUAAUGUACUAUUUUAAUCUACAGGUCUGAGACAUAUGGCCCUGUUUGCCGGAUAAAUGCCCUACAUUACGUUUUACUACUUGUGUACUGUCCAGAGACAACCAAGGUAAAUACCCUUUUGUACGGUGGCCUAGAACCGCCACUGCUGCAAAUAAAAAAAGAAUGGGGGGGGAAAAAAAGAGGUUGCAACAGAAGUUACUGAUGGAAAAAAUAAACUGAAGCCUGCUGCAAAUAAAAAAGAAACGGUGCAGAUUAAAAAAAGAUGCAACAGAAAAGGAAACUUAAAAAAAAAAAAAAGUUAAUAAAAGGAUGCAAAUUUUAAAAAGCCACAACGGAAGUGAGCUGCGGGGAACCAAUGAUGAAGAUGCACCGGUGUUUUAUGAUCUAGGCACAGAAGACGACGGCGAAAAGACGAGCAAAGAAGUAGGUGGAAAGAUUAUAGUUUAAUUUCACUUUGUGUGCUUUUCAAUGUGUCAUUUGGCCAUGUAGCGCCUGAGUUGAUAUGAAGUUGAACUGGAGGAUGCCGGUGUAGUGUUAGCUUCAGUUCAACUUCAUAUCGACUCAGUCGCUACAGGGCCUAACCAAAUGACACAUUAAAAAGUUUAAGAAGCAGAAUUAAACAAUAACCGUUCCACUUACUUCUUUGAUCAUCUUCUCGCCGUCGUCUUCUGUGGCUAGACUGAGCUGUUUACAUAAUCUGCAACAAACUGAAAUCUACUAACUCACUGAAUACAACAAAUCAUGGGUUUGAAGGAUCUCUGUAUUGACUUCUACUAAUAAUUUAUAUUGCUCUUUUUUGUAAAAUGAAAAUUGGCUGGAUGGAAGUUUUGCUUUUGUUUUGUUUAAUGUGUAAACAUGUGCUCUGAUAAUAAUUACUCAAUUUAUGAUUUUAUUCUAGGAAAUCCUGAUGUCACCAAAGUACCCUAAGGACAAAUUCCUCUACAAGAGACUCUUCUACCUGUUUGACGAGAGGUUGUACAACACUUUUACUCAAGUGGUCUGGGAAGAAGUUAGCAGAACUUUGUCCACUGUGUGAAAAUGUUUAAGCAGGAUUAUUAAUGUGAAUGACAUUUUUCCAGUAGUUUCAGUUCACUAUUUUAUGUCAGCUUGUUUUUGUUUACCUGUAGGUUUCUUGGUAAUGGCCUUGUAACAGCACAGGAUCAUGAACUGUGGUACAAACAGCGUCGGAUCAUGGACCCUGCAUUCAGCAGCUUGUGAGUUAUUGAAAAAUCACACCAAAAACACAAAGAAUGUGUUUGACCAUGGAGAAAAAAAACUACACUGUUGAAUCCGUUCUGGUAUUUUCCUUGUCCUUUAAAAGAAUUUGUGUGGAGCGUUGUAUGGCUACGUUGUAAAGGUACCAUUAUUUCCAGGUAUUUGAGAGGUCUUAUGGGCACCUUCAAUGAGAGGGCAGAGAAACUGAUGACUAAACUUGCGGAUGUGGCCGAUAACAAAACAGAGGCCAACAUGCUUCACCUAGUCAACUGUGUAACACUUGACGUUAUUGCUAAGGUAUCUUUCCAUACGAGUAAAAUCAGGACGUUCUGAAGAGCUAAUUCAGUUAGUUUGAUGUUUCUUCAUGUUUGUUUUCAUGGUAACUCUCAGGUUGCUUUUGGAGUGGAUUUAGACCUGCUGCUUAAUAAUUCACCUUUACCUGAUGCCAUUGAGACGUGCCUGAAAGGGAUGACGUUCUAUGUAAGGGACACUUUGUUUGAGGUAAGAAGAGUUGUUUGGAGAACAAACCAAAUCAAAACUGUUUACACAAAUAAAUGUUAAAUUUAAAAAAUCUUCAAAUUCCAGUUUAAGCCUGGGAACCGCCCUUUCAUUAAUGAAGUGAGGAAAGCAUGCCGCCUGCUGCGGAGUACAGGCGCUCGAUGGAUUCAAGACAGAAAGACCGCGUUGAAAAACGGAGACGACGUUCCCAAAGACAUCCUCACACAAAUCAUCAAAACUGCUGGCAAAGGUUACUAUCUCUAAAGUUCAGAUUAAAUCAGGUCAGAUAAGAAGGAAGUUUUCACAUCCUCAUGUGCAACAGGGUCAAGACGGCUGUAAAUGAUAUAUGUAAAAGCUAGAUAAUAACUCUGUGUUUAUUUUAAAGUGUAGGUUGUGAUCUAAUAAUGUGGGAAAAGUAGAAAAAACAACAUCUUCAUAUGUGUGUCAUUUAAUUACAACAAUGUUGGAUUUGUGGCAAAGGUGUGCAAAAGAGCUUUUUCCUUGUCGUAUACAGUAAACAUUGUCCGAGUAGGUGAAGUAGGUCAGUAAAUGAUCACAUUUGACUUCAGUCCAACCCGUUAAUAAUUAUCUUUUCAUUCCUGACUGGAUUUAUUUUUAACUGUUUGUUUGUGUUUUUUUUUCAUGAACAGAGGACAACAUGUCUAAAGAAGAUGAAGAGUUCAUGCUGGACAAUUUUGUGACAUUUUUCAUCGCGGGUGAGAUUGAACUGCAUCUGUGAGGUCUUUGUGUCUUUUCAACGUUUUGUCGUAAGGCGUUGCACUAGAGAAAGCAGACUGAAUGGUCGGCUGUUUUCGAUGUUAAAGUGCUAUGGUUGCGUGUAGCUGCGGCCUGCUACUACGCAAUUGUUUGCUACUUGAUCCUAAUUCAGCACAUGAUUGGUUCAGUGCAAAGAAACUCCCCUUUUCAUUGGCUAUUUGUAUAGUGUACCAAAACAUGGCAGAAUGCCGACUAUUAAAAAGAAUGUUGACCAUGUUUUAUAUUGAUAUUGAGGGAAAUAAAUUUUUGAUAUAUAUCGUUAUGGUUUUAUUGCCCAGCUCUUGUUAAACUUUGAUAAAAACAGUAUUUAAUGGUUUGCAAAUAAUCUAAACCCUAUAUUGAAUUAAAAAUAGUGCAAAGACAACCUACCAAAUGUUUAAGAAAGUGUUUAAAUAUGCAAGAUUCACUCUGUAAAAGGAUGGCAUCAUAUUUCUUAUGCUUUCCUGUUUGUGCAGUGAUUCCCAACUUUUUGGGAGUUUGGGUUUGCUCGGAUAUUCAGUCAUUCCGCUUGUGUUCAUGAUUCUGAACGGGCUUUGUCACCUGUAACAUUUCAGGGCAAGAAACAACAGCAAAUCAACUUGCUUUUUGCAUCAUGGAGCUUGCAAGACACCCUGACAUACUGGAGAAGUAAAAACUUACGAUACGAGCAGAUUUGAAAUAUGAGUACACAGUGACGUUUUGUUUUUUUUAAGUUGUUUUUCUCCCGUAGAGCGAAGAAAGAGUUGGACGACGUCAUCGGGAUGAAACAGGAUAUCAGUUAUGACGAUUUGGGGAAGCUGGUCUACCUCUCCCAGGUACUAUAAAGGGAUAUUUAAAUUCAAUAAUUUGGCUUUUUAUUCUUUUAGAUUCUUUCAUCUGUUUUUAACCUUCUGAAUCCAAGACCUAAGAUGGGCAAUCUCCCACUAUGACCUCUCCACAGGUGCUAAAAGAGACCCUGAGGAUUUACCCCACAGCUCCAGGGACAUCUCGUGAUAUACCUGAAGACAUUGUCAUCGAUGGUAUCCACAUACCUGCAGGGGUUACAAUCUUUGUGAGUGAUUCAGAAAAGAAAGUUGGCCUAAACUACAUAACCAUUCAUACAGCCGCUGACGUGUUCACAUUGUUUUAACUUCAGUUCAGCUCCUAUGUCUGUGGAAGAAUGGAGAAGUUCUUCAAGGACCCGUUGAAAUUCGACCCGGACAGAUUUCACCCAGAUGCUCCCAAGUAAGUCGCACAGAAUAUUCAGAUAAAGAGGUUUUAUCAUUUGGGUCAGUAUGCUAGGUCGUGAUUAUUUAUCGAGGUUAUCACUUCUAUGUUUUUAAAGGCCUUAUUACUGCUACUACCCUUUCGCCCUCGGCCCGCGUUCAUGCCUGGGACAGAACUUUGCUCAGGUGGGUGGUAUGAUGAGUGAAUACUCAACAUAAACAAACACUGAAACCACGUGGUAUUUAUUCAAUGCGCGAUGGGAUGAUUGCAGAUGGAGGCUAAAGUGGUGAUGGCCAAGCUGCUGCAGCGGUUCGACUUCACCCUCGUGCCGGGACAGAGCUUCGAGGUGCGGGACUGUGGCACGCUCAGGCCGAUGGGCGGAGUGGUGUGCACGAUCAGGCACAGGGAUUACAAAAAGGAGAAAAUGAGUCAACAGUGACAGCUAGUAAAGAGACGUCACAUUAGUCCAUGUGGUGAAGGCCGGGUGAUUGAUUUUCUUUACUAACCAAACUCCUGAUUGCUGCUCUAAUGUAGUUUUUAUACACUUUUCCUGUCCGUUUAUAAGAAUUCAACAGAAUAUAGGAUGCUUGUUUUGACAAUUUACAGUAAAAAAUAUAACCAAAUAAAUGUAUAUUAUGAUUUAUUUUCUGUACAAGGAUGACAGCGUGGUAUUUUUUCAUGUUUUCAGAUGAUAUAAGCAGCCCUUAAUUCUUCUAAGAGCUAAUAAUUAAGCACUGACUGAUCACUUUUAUAACCACUGAGAGUGAAAACUGCCUUUUUCUCUCAACACGAAUGUAGGAGCCGCAGAAAUAACAUUUUACCAAGUUACUAUUCUAUAUUUUUGUACUGAUUAAAAGAAAAAAGAUUGUUUUGCAGUUAAAUAAAUGAUCAUUUAAUUGUG